UCAAGGGUCUGAGGCCAAUGCUCGCGUUUCCUCUCAGGGGACGAAAGGAAAUUUUUAUGUUUGUUAAACAAAGCUCUAAACGCUCAGCAACAUUUCAUGACUACAUAUAAAAUUCUGUAGUUGUGGCUAAAAAGCGACUAAAGACAGCGGAGGAGGAAAAGAGGUGUGGUCUUCCAGAGAGAAACGACGGAGGAAGAGGAGGAGAGAGAGGAGAGCAAGAGGAAGAGCAGAUUACUGCUCUGGAGUAAAUCUCUCAAUCUGGUGAGUGACUGAGGUGGAGCAAGUCACUACGACUUCACGGCGGAGGCACGAGAGGCUCGAACGCGGACUCGAGGGUUCAUCUCCAAAGCCUAUGAUGAGUGGAUACUUAGCGGAUGAAGCUCUUCGUCACAGCUUUCCUUGAUGUCUCUGCUGCUGCCACAAAGUCAACACAAGCGUUCCUUCAAGCGGUGCCACGCGUCCUGAAGCGAAGCCCAGCUCCUUAGACUUUCUGCCUGUGCCGUGGACGGAGAUCAUGAGCGAGCCUCGGCCUCCGCCCCUGUCCCUCGUUCUCAUCGUGUCCUCCCUGCUCUCGCUCCUCCUCUCCCCCGCAUCCGCGAGCUCGGGGUCAGACUACGCCCAUGGAGCCCACCCACGCUUCAUUUGCAGCCCACUCCCUGUGGACGUGGACCCCUCCUGCUUCCCCACGGCCGGGCCGGCGGUGGGUGCGGCGGGGCCCGCCGGACCUGGCCAUCAAAGUGCACCUCCUGCCGGUUGGUGGGGGGCGAGCGAGGAGGCCAAGGCCACCAUCCUCCACCUCAGGGAGAGCCUGGUGCAGCAGAAGGAAACCAUCCUGGACCAGAGGGAGACCAUCAGGGAGCUGACGGCCAAGCUCGCCCUGUGCGAGGGCUUCGGCCGCGGCGCGACGCCUCACGACCACGCCGACGUUGCCAGUCGCCACACGUACAAUGACAAUGGGCUCUAUAGCAACCAGCAGGGUCACCAUGGAAACAGCAAUCUCAUCCCAGACUCGCCACGCCGCCCCUCUGCAGGGGGGCAGCGCGCCGAGGGAGGGCACGGCAACAAGCACCAGGGGAAGGAUAAACACGCGACGCCGGGGGACGUCGCGUCGUCUCCGGAGCAGAUGGAGAGGAUGCUGCAGGCGCUGAAGGAGCGGCUGGACAACCUGCAGAAGAGAAACUCCUCCAUCACCCAGUCCAGCUCCCUGAAGGAGCUGCUGCAGCGGAAGAUCACUGCUCUGGAGCAACAGCUGCACCGUUAUCAAACCGCUGCCCUGAGCAGCCCUGAGCAUCACGAUGACGACGCCGCUCACAGGGACGAUGGCGAUCACCAUGACGACGGCCGGGAGAAGGACCACGGCGAUGGCGGUAGAAGCGACGGCCACGCUGAGGACGACGAGCACGGCCACGAUGCAGACGGGGAGCGUGACGAGCACGAGGACGAGCACCAUGAUGAUGAUGAUGAUGAUGACAGCGAUCACGAUGAAGACGAUGAAGAUGAUGAAGAACAUAUAAAUGAAACUGACAGUCAAAGUUCCCAUCCACACACAGCUUACAAAGCGCCAGAGUCCCGAGGAGCUUUCCACUCAAAUAAACUGGAAGCAAUACUCCAUCAGCUGCAGCUCGCAGGUUCCAGCAGGAAGAAAUCCAAGAGUCCUGACGCCUUCCAGAUCAGCUUCCCCAUGAGGACCAACUACAUGUACGGCCGCGUGAAGAGGACUCUGCUGAAGGAGAUCUUCGCUCUGACCUUGUGUCUGUGGAUGAAGGCUGGCGCCGGCCCCGGCCUCGGUACGCCCUUCUCCUACUCCGCUCCCGGUCAGGCCAAUGAGCUGGUGCUCAUAGAGUGGGGAAACAACCCCAUAGAGCUGCUGAUCAACGACAAGGCGGCCACAAUGCCUCUGUCUCUGAGUGAUGGGAAGUGGCACCAUGUGUGUAUGACCUGGUCAACUCGGGACGGACAGUGGGAGGCGUACCAGGACGGCGUGCAGAGAGGGUCCGGCACCGACCUGUCCCCCUGGCACUCCAUCAAGCCUGGAGGGGUCUUCAUCCUGGGGCAGGAGCAGGACACGCUCGGGGGCCGUUUUGAUGCCACCCAGUCGUUCGUGGGUGAGAUGUCAGAUCUCCACGUGUGGUCGCACGUUCUGAGCGCCGCUGACAUCUACAGCCUGGCGUCCUGCGGCAGCCACCUGCGGGGCGACGUCAUCGCCUGGUCCGAGGCGGAGGUGGAGCUUCACGGAGGCGUCGCCAGAUACCCCGUCGACCCCUGUCACUGAAGGCUGGACACCCCCCACGCGUGGAACAGACGAGCCAUCACUCAGUCAAUGCCUUCCUUUCAUCCACCUUGUGGUUUUUAAUAAGAAAACGAUAAAGUAAAUAAAAAUCGGUGCAACCUCUGUAUCUACAGAACCACUGUAGGCGCGUAGCGAUGCUGGGACUUAGUGGCCAGAUGUGUUCAUGGGUUAGUGUCUUUCGAACAGACAAGCGCAGUAUGUGACAUAUUGUCAUGUUGUUAAUAAGCAGGUCUGUGCUAACGUUAGCAGCUUCUGUUGUUAUUAGUUUAAGAAUCGUUUUCUACUCUGGAUUCUCUUUUGCAAAAGGUUUCCAUAAAGAUACAGCUAAAUCACCAAAGAAACUGUAGAAUUAAACGCGUUUGGUUUGUGUUACACUGUGUAACAUUCAUUAUCUAUGUAUCAUAGAUAGAUUGGUGAGUUGUUUUGAAACAAAUCCUGAAGCGUUUGUCAGAAUUUAGCUUUUUACACCUGGUUUUAAAAUUUCCUGCCACGACUUUCUAACCAGCUUUUUAAACUUUUAUAAAUCAUACAGCACUGACUGACUUUAGUUUCGCUAACUUGAUUUUCUCUGCUGUACAUUUUGUGCAACAAGGUGAAGUAUUGAAGCCUUGAUUGUAAAUCUGCUGUUAUCCUGUACAUAAAAAGGCUGAAUUUAGGCCAGACUGUUACUCUGACAUCAUAGAUAGUAUCUUUUUUCAAAUGAUAGAACUGUAAAUAAAAGUAUGAAAAUGUAGAUGAACUAAUAACAGUUCACAUGGAAAGUUACAUUAACCAGAACAGGUAAUGAUUCAAAUCUAAAAAAAACAUGGCAACAUAAAGACUGACAAACACAUUGUGGUUAAAGGUGUUCCUGCACACAGGGGUCACGGACUGAUCCGUCCUAUAAUGGAUGCGACGGGCAAACACAUGACCUAAAACCACUAUGAAGCCUGAGCAGAGCUAAUCCAAGUGGAAAUGGCCCCAGGAUAAAGAAUGUCCAGUAAUAAACGCCCGCUUCUUCUUUC